AUGCAAAAGUCUCAACAAAAAAUUCAAAUUAUUCAGCAAGGAAAUGUCUAUUUUUUUUAUCGUCCAAAAAUAGAAAACCAAGCAGACGUGCAAAGGUUUUUCUUUAUCCUAAACCCCGAAAAACAAAAAAAAUAUUACCUGCUAAUUGUCGGUAAAAAGCACCUACCAGAAACCAAAAAACACGAAAGUUAUUUUCUUUUAGUAGACAAAGUAAGUGCGGAUAAAAAAGCCCUUUUGGAAUCUCUCGAAGAAAAACAUUAUCAGACCAAAACCCGCGGGGAAAGAAUACAACCGGCUUCUCACGAUCUAGCCGAAGGAAAAUAUUUAAUUGUCGAACAUCAAGGACAUACUCAUUUUUGCUAUCAAAUUACUAAUCCUGCUGAGUUGAAAAAAGAACAAAGAGAGUUCAAUCUGCAAAAAGAAGACGACUAUUUGAUUAGUGUCAAAAAUCCUCAACAACCUUCUCCGCCCGGGGUAGGAUUGGGAGAAAAGCAAAAAGUUAAUUAUCCGCCGGAAGUUCAAAAAAAGUUUGCUGAUUAUCGUUUUAUUAGUUUAAGAGAAACAGAAUUUUUGCAAGAGGGGGCAGAAAUUCUAUUAACUACCCAAGGGAGACAAAACUUAACGGAGCGUGAUGGAUAUUUACAAAACUGCUGA